AUGGCCGCCGAUAAGGAGCAGUGGGCAGAAACCGCCCAGGGAGGCGGAUACUCCAAACCGCCAGAAAGGCGCAACCUCACGACCGCCCGCCUCGGCGGUCAUAUUAAACCGCCCAUGGCCGCCGAAAUAUACAGUAACUUCGGACCGCCUAAGACAGAAUCCUUCAAAUCGACCGCCAGCCUUUUGCGGCAGCGUAAUCGUAGGACCGCCGAGGACCGCCCGCCUACGAUGGCGGUUGUCGUUGGAUUGUCCGACUACUGA